AUGGCUGAAGUUGAAACUGUCAUAAAGUGUGUCAGAUCUUCUGAUGAAAACUCAUCACCUGUUUUAGAAGAGGCUUUUGAGACGAUGCAAAGUCAUAAAAUCAAAACGGAAUGGAUAAGUCAAGAGAAAUGUAUGGAAUAUCAAGAGAAAGCCAGGAAUAUUUGUUUUAUUUUUGAUCCAUUUGAAGGAGAAGCCUUUGCUCAUUUAUCAACUUUAGGAUUCAGAAUAAUUGGACCUCAGUGUAUUUUAUCCAAUUUGCUCAUGAAAAUGGAAAUACCUAAAAGAAGAAGUCCAAUUUAUAAUCUGGCAAUGAAAGAUCUGAAGAUAAGUUGUAGUAACAUUGAUAAAGAUCAAAGGGCUAAGAUAUAUGAUAAGAUAGAGUUAAUGGGUGGAAGUGUUUUUAGAGAUUUUACUGAUGUUGUUACUCAUCUUGUAGCUGGGGAAGUAGGCAGUUAUAAAUAUAGUGUAGCAGCAUCUUUGAAAAAGGAUAUAAUGUCACCAGAAUGGGUUCAAGCAGUUUGGGAGAAAUCACGUUAUAGACAUGUUCAUGCAUCAGAUGAUAUAUUUAGUAAAUAUAGAUGUCCAGUGUUUAAAGGAUUCAAUGUUACUGUAUCGGGUCUAACACAAUCUUUAAGAUUAGAAGUUAAACAUCUGAUAGAAUCGGAAGGAGGAAAGUUUUCUGGUGAAAUGACAAAAGAUUCAUGUACACAUCUUGUUACUAAUGAACCAAAAGGGAGGAAGUAUGCGUUUGCUGUAAAAUGGAAGAUACAUACAGUAACAAUUGACUGGGUAUAUCAGUCUGUUGAGACAGGAUAUUGUCAACCAGAAAAAGAAUACAGUUUAUUGUCUAGUGAUAAUGAUAAGAGUAGCAAAUCAUCUAACUCUACUUCUACACCAACUAAAGAUAUCAGUCGCAUUCAAGAGUCUCAUUUAGGAGAUAUAAGUGAAAUAUCAAAUGCUUCUAUUCUACAUGGUCAUAAUAUGGAAUCAGUGAUAAAUUCUACUCGUUUAUCUUUUAUGCCUGAUGAAACUACAGUUAAUAUAAAUAUAGAUCUUAAUAAAACUAUUAAAGACUUCUUUCUAGAUGGAUUGAAGAUAUAUUUGAGUGGUUUCCGUAAUCCAAUUUUAGAUAAAUUACGUAAAAUUGUCAAUGCUGGUGGAGCAACAAGGUUUAAUAAUAUCAAUGAAAGUGUUACCCAUGUUAUACUUGGUGAACAUAUUGAUUCUGAUAUUAACCUACUAAAAUCAGGAGAAUUUAGACCUUUUGUUGUUUCCUGUAAAUGGCUGGUUGAUUGUUACAAACAAGAAAAACAGCUGGAUGAAAGUGACUAUUUAUGUCUUAAUCUUCCAGUGCCACAAUCUUCUCACUCGCCUCAAGUCAAAAGUAAAACCAAAGCCCGCCAAUCUAAAGAAGGUCAUGACAGCACAUUGGCAGCCGCAGCCGCAGCUUUUGAUGAUGAAAUGGAUAUAUUGAGUCAAUAUUUACCAAAUCAAGAUAAUCAGAAUAAUACAACGCUAUCUAAUAAUGAUGAUACAGCCAGUCAACAAAAUACUACUAUAGCUCAUCAACCUGAUCUCCAGACUACUCAAGAACCAUCUACCUAUGUAGAAGGUAAAAUAUUUUCUGGUAAGAAGUUGAUCUUUCUGGGUUUUGAUAAUGGUGAACAAAAUGAACUUAUAAAGCUAGUGGAAGACAAUGGUGGCAAAAUGAUCCCAGAAAAUAAACGUGUGGUAGCUGAUUAUGGUGUUGUUCCGUUACUUGGGUUUCCUGUUACUGUUUCUGUUACUGAAGUUGUUACUUAUGCAUGGGUGCAAAUGUGUUUAGAAGAAGAGAGAUUACUGGAUACAGAAUCUAAUACAUUAUUUAAACCUCUAGAUAUAACUGAUAGUAAACCAUUACAGGGCUGUGUCUUGUCUGUUAGUGGGUAUGCUGGUGUAGAGAGAUCAUGUAUAAUAGAUAUUGCUGAUAUGAUAGGAGCCAAAUGUCAAGAUUUCUUUGUAAGACGCCCUCAGAAAGGUUAUGAUGCCUGUAGUCAUUUAAUAGUCAAUGAACCAGGAGGUCCCAAAUAUAAUGCUGCUAAUAAAUGGAAGGUUCCUGCUUUAUCAAAAGAGUGGAUUUAUGCAUGUGCAACAACUGGUAAACGUCUUCCAGAAGAAAAUUUCUUAAUCGAUGAUUUGUGGAAUAAAAAUUCAGCUGAAAUUUCAGCUCUCAUUUCUGAACCACAACCGAAAACUGUGAAAGAAGCUCAAAAUCCUAAUGCAGCUCCUAAAACUUCUGAAAAUCCAGAUCUUCCUAAUGGUGAUGUUGAGUCUAGUUCUUCCAAGGUUACAGUUCAACUUGCCAUGAAUAAUCGUGCCUUACAAGAUAAUCAGCUGACCAAUACGCAUCAAAAUGAGAAGAGGAAAUCGAAUACGCCUUUAUCAUUAAAACCUAAACACAGUCGAAUUCAGGAAUUAAAGACACCAAGUGGAACCCCUGGUAUAGCUGGUUCACAUGGUACACCACAGAUGGACACACCUAGUAAAUUUGCCAAUUCUGGAGUUGAUUUUAUACCGAAAUUUGAACUGGAUGAUAUCAUGAAAUCUCUAGAGUCACCACCUACUAAAAGAAGAGACAGUUUUGAUGUAAAUGGUAUGAUAGAGAAAGCUCUAGAAUUAGGAUCACUACCAGGAGAGAGCUGUGCUAGUCGAUCAGAAACAUUCAGAUCAGUGUCUAGCCGACCACUAUAUAGUGUAACUAUUUAUGUUAGUAAGAAGGUAGCAGCUAAUGUAUCACAGUACCAUGAUAUAGUCUCAGAUUUAGGUGGGGAAUAUCAAUGGAAAUACACACCUAGUUGUACUCAUGUUAUAUUCCAGGGUAGAGCUAAUGAUACGAAUAAAGAGUUCCGUACAGCUAGAGAUGAUAAGAAAUGUGUGGUCUCUUCACAUUGGUUGUUUGCUUGUCAAGAACAACAGACUAGAGUUGAUGAGACAUUAUAUCCUCACAAUUAUAAUCCUAAAUUAUGUUUGAAUGUGAAGUCAACACCAGGACGUAUUAAAUCAACACCGAAGCAGACGCCAGUGCGUAGCAGUCGCGCACGGUCCACUAAGACUACCAACUCCCAAGUUAAAACUGUAGAUCUCUCUCCAAAAAACAUUCCUCGAUUAAACUUUAAAACAUCUAGUGCAGCUAGCACGGACAAUAAAAGCUCUAGUGAUAGCGAUACUGCAAAACAUCCUCGAAAUAGACUCCGGACUAAAAAGUCAUCGAGUGAAAGUGAGGAUAAACAGAGUGAAGGAGGAAGGAAUAAAAGUUCAGAUAGAGAGAAUGAGAAAAUGAAUAAAGGAUCUUCAACUAGUGGAAGUGAGAAGGAAAACAAAGAAGAAAAGAAUGAAGCUGUAAAUGUAGAAGAACAUGAACCAGAACAACAGGAGGUGGUAGAGAUUGAUUCUGGUGGAACUUUAGAAAUGAAAAUAGCUAUAUCAAAACAACUGGAUGAUAUUAUGGCUGCCAAAUCAAAAAAAGCAGGAAGAAGAAAAAGUAGAAAAUUAAAUUCUAGUGGAGGUAAUUUAAGUGCAUCUGGUAGUAAUAUAACAGAGAGUAGACCAUCUUCUAAACAAGAUAACAGAGAUGAGAAGAGAAAAACCAGAUCAACAGGUGGUAUUAAAAAUGAGGAAGAAAUACCAGGUCCAUCAGAAUCACAAAGUGUUUUAGUUACCUGGGAUGAUCCUGUAGGCAGAUUGGAGAAAGAGAAACUAGCAGCUAAAUUAGAACAAGCUUGUAGUCCUACACAGACUCAGAAUACAGAAGAUUAUAUGGCUGAUCUAGAGAUACCAGAAGAUGCUCAGUAUUCAGAAGUUGAAGAUAAUCAUGCUUCUACUGAUGAUGAACAGGUCCAGAAAAAUUCACCAACAGGAAAGAAAAUUCCUACUCCAGAAGCUCCACCAUUAGCUUUUCCAAUAAAGCGUAAACCAGUUGGUAUGAAGUCACCAGUAGAAUUAAUAGAUCACCAUGAUGAACCCCCACAACCACAAUAUGUCUUCUUAUUAUCAGGCAUGUCUGCUGAGGAAGAGUUAUAUGAAUGGGGUGGUGAAGUUAUGAAAUCAUUACAAUGUACAUGUAUUAAUAAUGACUUGUUAUAUUUUAGGAAGAGUUAUAUGAAUGGGGUGGAAGAGUUAUAUGAAUGGGGUGGUGAAGUUAUGAAAUCAUUACAAUGUACAUGUAUUAAUAAUGACUUGUUAUAUUUUAGGAAGAGUUAUAUGAAUGGGGUGGAAGAGUUAUAUGAAUGGGGUGGUGAAGUUAUGAAAUCAUUACAAUGUACAUGUAUUAAUAAUGACUUGUUAUAUUUUAGGAAGAGUUAUAUGAAUGGGGUGGAAGAGUUAUAUGAAUGGGGUGGUGAAGUUAUGAAAUCAUUACAAUGUACAUGUAUUAAUAAUGACUUGUUAUAUUUUAGGAAGAGUUAUAUGAAUGGGGUGGAAGAGUUAUAUGAAUGGGGUGGUGAAGAUAUGAAAUCUAUACAAGGUAUGAGUAAUAACAUGAUUAAAUUGGCGUCGGCUGCAAAUAGAUGGAGACAAGUUGUACAUGAGAUGUCCAAGAACAAGAAGAAUGCAGGAGCAUUUUGUGGAUGGAAAGUUAUACUGUCUACUGAUAAAAAUAAAGAGAGUAACUUUUCUAGAUUAUUGGUAGCUGGUGGUGCUAAAGUGUUAUCACUGAAACCGCCCUAUCCUAGUGAUAUAUCUGCCACACAUGCAUUCCUAGAACUACACAAAGUGCCCUUAAAUCAAAGUGAAUUAGAAACAUUAAUAAUGAAUAAUGUAUUAUGUUUAAAACCUGAAUUUAUACCUGCUCAUCUGACAGAUUCUAAUGUUUCACCUGAUGAAUAUACUCCUACUGAAAUAUCCAGUCUGAAAGCUUGGUAA